AUGUCCGCCUUCGCAGAUGGGACGGCAGGCAAACGCGCAGGCCAACGCGCUCGUGGUGGUGGAGAGCGCAACGGAGUCAGGGCUGCCGCGGCUAAGGGCGGUCCUUCGGGCAGGCAGGCGCAGGAUGCGGAUGGUGGCGACGAGGGGGAUCAUGCCGAGCCUGAAGCUCGUGGUGGCGGAAAGCGCAACGGCGGCAGGGCUGCCGCGGCUAAGGGCGGUCCCUCGGGCAGGCAGGCGCAGGAUGCGGAUGGUGGCGACGAGGGGGAACAUGCCGAGCCUGAAGCUCGUGGUGGCGGAAAGCGCAACGGCGGCAGGGCUGCCGCGGCUAAGGGCAGUCCCUCGGGCAGGCAGGCGCAGGAUGCGGAUGGUGGCGACGAGGGGGAUCAUGCCGAGCCUGAAGCUCGUGGUGGCGGAAAGCGCAACGGCGGCAGGGCUGCCGCGGCUAAGGGCGGUCCCUCGGGCAUGCAGGCGCAGGAUGCGGAUGGUGGCGACGAGGGGGAUCAUGCCGAGCCGGAAGCACGUGGUGGCGGAAAUCGCAACGGCGGCAUGGCUGCCGCGGCUAAGGCCGAUCCCUCGGGCAGGCAGGCGCAGGAUGCGGAUGGUGGCGACGAGGGGGAUCAUGCCGAGCCUGAAGCUCGUGGUGGCGGAAAGCGCAACGGCGGCAGGGCUGCCGCGGCUAAGGGCGGUCCCUCGGGCAGGCAGUCGCAGGAUGCGGAUGGUGGCGACGAGGGGGAUCAUGCCGAGCCUGAAGCUCGUGGUGGCGGAAAGCGCAACGGCGGCAUGGCUGCCGCGGCUAAGGGCGGUCCCUCGGGCAGGCAGGCGCAGGAUGCGGAUGGUGGCGACGAGGGGGAUCAUGCCGAGCCUGAAGCUCGUGAUGAGGACGAGCCAGCAGCGGUGGCUGAUGGGAAAGAAGAUGGACGUGAAGCUGUGAUUCCGUACAAACGGCGCAAUGCUGUGGAUCCGGGCAGUCGCGACCGUAAGGCGAGACAAGCUCGGCACGGCCCCAAUGUGCUCGUUUCGAGCUCGUCUGGUUCCGAGGAAGAUUCGAGCGACAGUGAGUCGGGCAGCUCAUCCGGGAGUGAGGAGGUAUACGAGGACGAGGAUGAGGAGGAGGAGGACGAGGAGGAUGAGGAGUUGGAGCCGGAGAGCGAGGAUGGGGAGGAGGCUCGGCCUUUGAAGAGGAGGAGUGUGCGGAAGCUCAAGAAGGGCAACGGAAAGCGAAAAUCGGAGAGGGGACGGGUGAAGAGCUGCAAACGCGCAGGCCAAAGCGCUCGUGGUGGUGGAGAGCGCAACGGAGUCAGGGCUGCCGCGGCUAAGGGCGGUCCUUCGGGCAGGCAGGCGCAGGAUGCGGAUGGUGGCGACGAGGGGGAUCAUGCCGAGCCUGAAGCUCGUGGUGGCGGAAAGCGCAAUGGCGGCAGGGCUGCCGCGGCUAAGGGCGGUCCCUCGGGCAGGCAGGCGCAGGAUGCGGAUGGUGGCGACGAGGGGGAUCAUGCCGAGCCUGAAGCUCGUGGUGGCGGAAAGCGCAAUGGCGGCAGGGCUGCCGCGGCUAAGGGCGGUCCCUCGGGCAGGCAGGCGCAGGAUGCGGAUGGUGGCGACGAGGGGGAUCAUGCCGAGCCUGAAGCUCGUGGUGGCGGAAAGCGCAACGGCGGCAGGGCUGCCGCGGCUAAGGGCAGUCCCUCGGGCAGGCAGGCGCAGGAUGCGGAUGGUGGCGACGAGGGGGAUCAUGCCGAGGUGGCGACGAGGGGGAUCAUGCCGAGCCUGAAGCUCGUGAUGAGGACGAGCCAGCAGCGGUGGCUGAUGGGAAAGAAGAUGGACGUGAAGCUGUGA